CAUGCUGUAGACACAUAUAAUAAAUAGUUUGGCACUUUAGUGCAUCUUGGUUAAAAAUUAAAUAUUCUGCCUAAAACUGAGUGUUGCACCUUCGUCAGGUAAAAACUUUGCACUGCAUUUGAUUUAAAACCUGCCACCACUAUUAGCUAAGGUACGCCAUGAUGUUAGCUGGCACAUUAUGGUGUCACAAUGUCUUUGUGAGCCUGUGUGUGUGCAUUUGUUUGCGGCGCUGUCCUCUCGGUCUGCCAGGCAACGGCAUUUGUAGCAUUUUUCAAACAUGAGUGGAGUAAGACCCUGGUAGGAGGUGACUUGGAGGUGGUGAUAUUUUCAACCUGCAGAGGAUAGUCUUCACUGGAAACGAGGUGUUUCUUGGUUAGAGGAGAGCAGCGAAGUGAUACCAACAGGAAAAUGUCAUCACUGGAAGAGAUCCAGUCCAGGAAAGAGGAGGAGAAGGUUGAGAAUGAUUCAUGUUUCACACCGUUGGAUCAACCUACAAAAAAGGCAAAGAAGCUGCACUGCUGUGGCAAGUGUAACAAAACCUUUGCUUUACCAUCAAAUUUAAGACAUCACCAGCGAGUCCACACAGGAAAAAAGCCAUUUCCCUGUGACCAGUGUGGGAAACAUUUUACUGAAUCAGGGAAUCUGAAAAAACACCUGCGGACCCACACUGGAGAAAAGCCAUUUGCCUGUGACCAGUGUGGGAAACGUUUUACUGAGUCAGGGAAUCUGAAAAAACACCUGCGGACCCACACUGGAGAAAAGCCAUUUCCUUGUGACCAGUGUGAGAAAUGUUUUACUGAGUCAGGAAAUCUGAAACAACACCAGCGGAUCCACACAGGAGAAAAGCCAUUUGCCUGUGACAAGUGUGGGAAACGUUUCUUUCGAUCAGAAAGACUGAAACAACACCAGUGGACCCACACAGGAGAAAAAUUAUUUUCCUGUGGCCAGUGUGGGAAACGUUUUACUGAGUCAGGGAAUGUGAAAAAGCACCAACAGAUCCACACAGGGGAAAAUUCAUUUCCCUGUGACCGGUGUGAGAAAAGUUACUCUUUUUCAGGAAAUCUGAAACGUCACAAGCAGAUCCACGCAAAAGAAAAGCCAUAGUGUGUGCACAAAAAGAGUGUGAAUGUCCCCACCAGCAUAUUUAACAUGAUGUCACCAGGGACAAAAAUCAUUUUAAUAUGUUACACUUUCAACAACAUUGUUUCAAUAAUAGAAAUCUGCAUUCAAACAAAUGUGUGAAGUUUUCUUUUACGUGCAAUACAGACACAGUGAUCAUCUUUGCAUUAUGUAACAUCUAAAAUUGCUACCUUUAAAGGGUUUAUGAAUCUUUUUUUAGGAAAAACAUAUUAUGCACCACUUAAUAUGCCCCUCAGUAACAAUUUAUCUGAGAUGUUUGAGCAGCUCAUAGAGAACAGUAUAUAUUAUCAUUCUACAGUUGAGAAAUUUAGCUAAAUUUAGAAAUGUUUAAAAUGGUUUUUUUUAAUAGUCAGAUGUUCUCAGUGGAUUAAUAUUUAGUUUGCAAAUAAUAAAAAUAUCUUCAGAGUUUUUGCACAAUCAGAAUAACUUCUAUAAGCAGAGUUUCAUCACUUAUAGUUUUAGGUAUUUGUGUUUUAUAUUGUGCAAGCUGAUUAUUUAAGUAGAUGUAAUUGCGUUUUUAAUAAUUCAUUUAUAUUUUUUAUAGUUACAGAACAAUUGAGAAAAACUACAAACUAUGUUAUGCUAGGCUAUAUUUUGUAAGAGAUAAACUUUGUUGUCUAUUUUAGCAAAUCUAUAAUUAAUUAAAUAGGUGAACUGGAAGUAGCACAUUCCAUGAAAGUAAAAUGUUAUUAUCAGGAGAAGGAGAAUGUUUAAGUGGUUAGCAACAUGUGUUCAAACUGAUGACCCCCUCCAUGAGGCUACCACAGCUCAGUAGAACACCAUUGUAGCUUCUGGGGAUAAAAACACUUAGAGGAAAAAUUAAGUUAACAGCUAAAAUAGCACGAAAUAAUGUAGUUAAGAGAGAAGUACACUUAAUUUAAAAUCUAUUCUGAAUUUAACAGACAGUAAAUGUAGAAAAGCUACGACAGGAGAGAUUUGAUCUCUCUUUUUAAUUCUCAUCAGAACUCUAGCUGCAGCAUUUUGGACAAGCUGAAGACUUUUAACUACAUUCUGUAGACUUCCUGAGAGUAAUGAAUUACAUUAAUCCAGUCUUGAUGUAAUAAAUGCAUGAACUAGUUUUUCAGCAUAAUUCCUGGAAAGGAUGCUUCUAAUUUUAGCAAUAUUCCGAAGGUGGAAGAAGGAAAUCCCACAAACCCGUUUAACGUGGGAUUUGAAUGACAUUUCCUGGUCAAAGAUGACACCAAGGUUCCUUACGUUGUUCUCUGAGACUAUUUUGAUGCCAUUCUGGCCAGGUGAUUGACUAAGCAGUUUCCUUUUCUGAUGUUCUGGUCCAAAGAUGAGAACAUCAGUCUUAUCUUGAUUUAAAAGCAAAAAUUUUGGAGUCAUCCAAUUUUUUUAUAUCCUCAAUGCAAGCCUGUAAUCUAACUAACUGAUUAGGUUCAUCAGGGUUAAUGGAUAAAUAUAACUGUGUAUUGUCCGCAUAACAGUGGAAGUUUAUCGCAUGCUGUCUAAUGAUUUUACCAAUUGGAAGCAUAUAUAGUAAAAAGAAUUGGUCCAAGCACUGAAUCAAACUACUAGAACAGACACAAGAUUCUUAUCUGAGGCCAUGAGAAUAUCAUUUGUAACUUUCACUAAUGCGGUUUCAGUGCUGUGAUACUCUCUAAAACCAGACUGAAAUUCCUCAAACAGAUCAUUUGUGUUUAAAUGCUCACAUACUUGGUGGGCCACCAUUUUCUUAAGGACUUUGGAUAAAAAAUGAAAGGCUAGAUAUUGGUCAUUAGGUCAUCUGGAUCCAGAGAAGGUUUCUUAAGUAGAGGUUAGAUUACAGCAACCUUAAUAUCCUGUAGUAUGUAUCCAUUUACUAAGGAUAGAUUGAUUAAACCUAGAAUGGAGGCAGCAGGGACGAAAUUUUGAUUUCAGAAGUGGGGGGGACACAGCAGGCUUGUGCGGAUUUGGGGUGGGGGGUGUUAUGUAAAGACCCCUUGACACGUCACGAUAUUUGUGACCCAGCAAAUGUGAUCACUUUUCUCUGUUAACCCAUAAUAAAGACAUUAAAGAACCAAACUUCAUGAAUGUUUUUUGUGACAAAGAAGUAUCUGUUCCAAUCACUCUAUCAGAGAAAAAUCAGAGUUUUA